AGCCAUUCCCAGGGGCAGCUCGGGCUGCGGGAGAGGGAAAAUCCUUGUCCAGAGGAGGCAUCGGACCGCACUGCAUUGCAUUGCAUUGCACUGCGCAUCCUCCCUCCCUCCUUCCCUCCCCACCGCCUACUGCUGCAGCCUCCCUUCCUCCCUCCAUCCCUCCAUCCUCCCAUCGCUCCCUUGCGUCUCCCACUCCUGCAUCCCUCUCUUCUACAUCCCUCCUCCCGCAUCCCCCCGUCCCUCCCGCAUCCCUCCUCCCGCAUCCCUCCGUCCCUCCCGCAUCCCUCUCUCCACCCCUCCCUCCUUCCCUCCCUCCCUCUGCCUGCGCAGAGCCGCGGACAUGGCGCUCAGCAAUUUCCUCUUCGCUCAGUGCAUCUGCUAUUUCCUGGCCUUUCUCUUCAGCUUCAUCGUGGUGGUGCCACUCUCCGAGAAUGGCAACGACUUCCACGGCCGCUGCCUGCUCUUCACCGAGGGCAUGUGGCUCAACGCCAACCUGACGGUGGAGCGGCAGCGCUUCACGGUGCAGGAGUGGGGGCCUGAGGCCGCUUGCCGCUUUAGCAUCUUCACCGGGCUCCUCUCCCUGCUGCUGGCCACAGUGCAGGCCUGGAGGACCCUCUUCUUCCUCUGCAAAGGGCACGAGGACUCUUUCUUUUACGCCUUCCUGAAUCUGCUGAUCAGCGCCUUUGUGGUGUUCAUCACAUUUAUUGCCAGCACUAUAGUGAGUGUAGGAUUUAACAUGUGGUGUGAUGCAAUUACUGAAAAAGGAAGCAUGCCAAAUAGCUGUGAAGAAUUGCAGGAUAUAGAUCUUGAGCUGAACUUGGAAAACUCUGCUUUCUAUGACCAAUUUGCUAUUGCACAGUUUGGUCUCUGGGCUGCCUGGCUGACUUGGCUGGCAAUUACCAUUCUGGCUUUCCUGAAGGUCUAUCACAACUACAGACAGGAGGAUCUGCUAGAUAGCCUGAUCCAUGAGAAGGAGCUGCUGCUAGGAAGAUCCCCUUCACGAUCCUCUUUGCAAGAUGACAAAAGUGGCAUGAUCUAAAGUGUAAGCAAAUUUCCAGGGCAGGAUCUAGAUUUUAUUAUUCAGUAAUGUGAGCUGAAGCUGAGUCAGGGUAUUGAGUGUGUGAGACCUUUUCUUUUCCUGAAAUGAAAUGCAAUUGUGAAUCACUCACUUCCCCCAUGAGAAAUUGCUGGCAGAAAUAGUGAUAUUAGGAUAAAGAGAAUGAACUGCCCUAUGUGCCUGUGGCACAGCAAACUUUCUGUCCUGUGCAGGCAAAAUUUUUAACCUGCCCUUGUCAGCAGAGCUCCCAUGUGCCAUCGCUGGCUUUUGCCACAGGGGCCAUUUCUGAGAACUGAGCUGGCAAGCCCAGGCUACAAGAUCCAGGCUAUUUCUUCAAACUAUUCUUCAAAAUAGUUGUAACUGGAGCUGCUUUCAGUCCUUUUCCUCCCUUUUGCCAAUGAAGCUGCCCUUGUUCUGUCUAUUCUGGGAAGCUGCAGCUCUGGUUUGGGUGCAGGCUGUCACUGUCUCUGCUUUUGCUGUGUAUGGAUGCAGUGCUGGUGAACACAUUGCUCCUGCUCUGAUUUUAUUCAAAACAUAGAGACCUGUGUUCCAGACUUGAUAUUUAAUAUUGGACAGUGUUAAUGAGUUCCAUGAAACCCGUGUAUUAUUAUAGCACCUGCCAAAUACUGUGUAUAAUAUGGAAGGAUGAUGGAGAACAUUUGUGGUUUUGUUUCUUCUUAGAUUUUGGCAUAACCAGCAUUUAUUAUGUCUCCUAAAGUGAAGUGUAGCUAGAAAUUGCUGAAGCUUGCAUACUAAUAAAUUAAGCUGAAUAGAUAGUAUUAAUGCUUGUGCAUUUAUAAAUGUGACUUGGUCCCUAACAUUGUAUACUAUUCUGUUUUGAAUAUUAGAAUUUAUUUGUGAUAUUUAUUUCAUAUAGGAUAUGAAAAAUUACUUUAAGCAUUUGCAUUGUCGGUUCUAUAUAUAAGCACAGGCAGGAGUUAAAACAGCUGAGUUAUUUUAUAGGUAGUGCAGUGCUGAAUGGGUCCAUUCUCUCCACUCAUGGGCAGGAGUUCCAGGGCAGGUGAAUUUUGCUGUGAAAAGGAAGAAUAAUUGCUAUUUACACAAAGCUCACUGGUGACUGUGUUGUUGCUUUCCGUAUUGCUUGGCCAGUGCUUCAACAAAUGAGGUGGAUUGUUGAGAUUAGAGGUAGCUCUGAUAAUUAAGAAGAGUCACUCAGAGGUGUGUGGGAUUUGCAUGGCAGAGUAGUAAAGCUGUACUAGGAUUAAGCAUUUAUCCCUAGGUACACAUUGCACAGAAGACCUCAAAUCAGCAGAAAACUUAGGCAAACAACUAAGUUUGGACUGAAGAUUUUUUGGGAAUAUGCUGACUCUGGCUUUGGUACCUGUGUUUGAGUUGAGACUGAAUUUAUUGCAACAGAAGUGCAAACCACACAGGAUUAUAUGACCUGGUAAAUCAGAAUGAGGGGAGAGAGGACAGCAGCCUUCUACCACAUCAGAGCUCAAGCCUGGGGUUAGCACAACAAUGCAGAUUUACUGUUGUCUUCUAGGGACUCUCUGAUGCUUAGUUAAAUACCAGUUUAAGCAUUUCAUUGAAACAGAAUUUGAUGUCAUGAAAAAUCCCUCAAUUAUUAAGCAUUUUAAGGCAUAAAAUCUGACAUUGUAUUUAACUGCCAAAAUGUUCUCAUAGGUUUAGAGAAAAAGCCCUCCAUGGGCCCUAAGUAGUAAGCCAGCCAUGUGAACAUUGAUUAUAACUCCAGCUGGCCACACUUCUCUGUAGAGAGGCCUUGUUCUUCAGCAUGAUUUCUGCCCACAAGAGAAUUCAAUUCAUUUGAAAGCUUUGCACCAGUGGCUUUUUUUUUGUAGUUGGAAGUUGACAUCUGAGGAGUACGCCUGGAGAGGGAAUCAGAGAUCAAGUUAAUUAAUGCCAACUUAAAAUUCAGAUAUCAGGACUGUCAGAGUGCCUUUUUAAAAAUUCUUUUGGUCUAAUAGUUUGGAUAUUAAGAAAAGUCUCUUCACUGAAAGGGUUGUCAAGUACUGGAACAGGCUGCCCAGGGAAGUGGUGGAAUCACCAUCCCUGGGUGUAUUUAAAAGAAAGGUAGAUAUGGCACUGAGGGACAAGGUUUAGUGGUGGCCUUUGCAGUGCCAGGUUAAUGGUUUGACUGGAUGAUCCUAGAGGUCUUUUUCAACCUAAAUUACUCUGUCUCUAGUAGGAGAUAUACUCUUUCUAGUACCUGAGUCCAUUGCCAGGGAAUGACCUUCUUUAUACCGUGAAAAAGAGUUUGGGUCUUAUAAGUUAGCCUAUUUCCCCAGUUUCUCCAGUUGUAAAAGGCAGUCUCACUUUCAGUCAGCAGUGAUGUCUCUUCCCACAAAUUACUUCAGUGCAUGCCUUACUCCUUGUGUGGAACCGUGAUGCUGCUUUGUAUAAUAUAUUUUAUGUAUAUGCCAAGUCAGGCUGAGGCUGAAGUGACAUGUGGGUUGGGACCACUGUUCCUGGUGUUGCCUGAGGGUUUGGAGAGCCCUGAGGCAGCAGAUAACAAGUGUCUGCUUGUGGUUCUUGCUCUGAGGUAGGUACCAGAGCCCAAGCUUUGUCUCUGGUUCUGAAAGAGAGGAUGCUGCUUCUGGGCGAGGCUCUCUGGAGCUCAUGCUCUCUUCUACCUCUCCUGUCUCAAGGUCUUUUUCCUCCUUUCCACUUCCAUGAGAAGCAGCAAACACUAGUCCUGGGUUUGGAGUUGCUAUGCAAAAUGAUAAAAGGUUGAAGCUCUUUUGUGAGUCCCAUGUGAAUGGGAGUGUUUUUCACAGCUUUCCCAUGUCAGUCUGCUUUUCACAGCUUCCCUGCCUUGGCCAGGUGGGGUGAGGCUGGUAAUCCCUUGCAAGUAUCAGUGAUGCUUAAAAGCAAAGCUGUUUUUGGUGGAAGCCCCUGUGUGAGUCAGAAGGCAGAGCAUGGAGUGAGCAGCUCUCUGGCUGACCCAUGGGGAGGAAGGGUAUCCUGCAACUCCCAGGUUUUGGACACACUUGGUGUUUAUUUGCACUAGGUUUUCUGCAACCUCUUUUCCUAAAGCUUAGGCACUCAGGCCAAGCUGGUGAUGCCAAGCUGGAAAUGUGUUAGAAUUGUGGUAUAAUUUAUGCACACAUAAAUACCUACCUGUGCUCUCUCUCAUGCACUUCUCUAUUUUGUACAUUUCUGAUGUCUAAUUUUAGUCAUCCAUUGCCAACCAGCACAUCAUGGGGCUGAGUCAAAUUUUGCAUUUCUGUGACAUUUCAGUACCUUUAAUUUGCCAUGUCCAAAGGCAAUGUCUGGGAACACUCUAGCAAGAGUUGUAUUCAAAGAACUAGAACACUGUGUGGUACUUAUACUUGUAUUUAUUUAUUUAUUUAUUUAUUUAUUUAUUUAUUGUCACAUGGUGCAAGGGGAGAAAGCUUUGUGGCCUUUCCAAGGCAGUGGGCUGUUGCCACACCAUUAUUCUGUUGUACCAAAUAUAUUCUCUGGCUACCAUCUGUGGCUGGAUUCCCCACCAAUGCUCAACCAGCAGUCCUCAUUGAGCUAGAAGAAUCUAAUCUCACAAGUGUCAUCUGAGCUUUUAGAUCAAUAUUUAUUUGUCACACUACGACACGAAAUAGCUCACACAUGGACACGAGAUGCAAAAGAAGGAAGAAAAGAACCAAAAGAGAGACUUUAUAUUUUGAUUCUGCAAUAUAUACAAUUUCAAAAGUGACAGUGGAUUGGAGGAUGAAAUUGUCACCUCUCCAACCACACUGGCCAAACCCAACAGUCCAUCAAUUCUCUCCACCCACAAAGAAGAAUGUAAAACAAUCACUGUUCAUAUGAACAGUGAGAGAAAGUUCCAGUAGAAAUAUGUAAACACCAGAAGGCAUAGAAAACUUUCAGAAGAACUUUAAAUCUCUCAAAAUAACAGGGUGACAUUUAUUAUUAUUUUUUAUAAUGGAGAAACAAUUGCAGCCAUCUUUUGGAACAGAAUUUCCUUAUGAGUGCAUUCGUGCUCAAAUCAUCUUAUACCACUAACUCAUAAGGCAUCUUUCAACUAGGAAAUUUCAGGGAGAAUCACAAAAAUAAGAGCAUGAUGAUUAACUGCAAUACCUUAAGGACACAUUUGUACUAUAGCAGUUAUUCUAUGGUCCCUUAAAAAAGGAGGUGUUAUAAUAACCAGUGAUUGAUGAUUGAAUGUACAGACCUUGUCAUGAAAACAUUCUCUGUGUAUGUACAAUGCACACAAAUAAAUGCCAGUUCCACUGCUCUUCUGUGAUGUGGAUAUAGGCUCUUCUCUAAACAAUCAGCUUCAGCUGAAGUAGUUGUUAGAAUGCCUUAAAUUUCUACACUAGCUUUUACUUAGCACUGGGACCUGUGCAAUGACAAUUAUGAUACCCAGUUAUGAUUCCCAGAGGUGGAAUUGAUGUGGGCAGAGUAGGAAAGCACUGGCCAAUGCAUAACCUGCCAAAGGCUGAGAUGAGUUUCUCAUGUGGGUUUGCAGGUGUUUUAAUUCCUCCCUUUUAUCUGAAUACUGUCCUGCUGCUGCCCUAAAUGAAUCCAGUUAGGAACAGAGUCAGAUUUCCCUUCAAGGCCUUCACUCCCCAGUAUGGAACACUGCUGAUUUAACCUAGGUAGUGUUCAGGAUGGAAGCAGAGGUGCAAGGAAGUGGAGCUCACGCUCACACUUCACAGUCAUGUUGCACACAAACCUGCUAUUGGGUGGACGUGGGUUUUGUCAUCUCCCUUUUCCAAAGCCUUCUCUCUUAUAUUUCAUGUAAAAUCACUUUUAGCAUUUAAAUUAUAACUUAAGCAAAAAUCCAGACAGCAAUUUAUACUGGAAAGACUGACAGUAUUUUGUGGAAAACCAAUCUGGAUUAUGACAAAACUUUGGGGUUUUUUUCUUUAUCAAUGGCCCAAGUAUCUGUGAGCAAAUGAGCAUCCUGGCUGUGUCCAGAUCCUAAAUCUGUGCCUCAGACCACUUCCUUUGCGGGUGGAAACAGCCCAUUUUUAUCUCUCGGAAAGUUUGCUUUGGAGACCACAAAUAUCCUUUUCUUCUGCUUAGGGAAUCUGGUAAGAGAGGAAGGCUUUACCUGCAGUGACAAAAUGCUCAUGUAACUUCAUAAGCACAGAAACUGGUUAAAAACUAUUUCUGUUAAUGGCACUAGUGCCUUGAAGUACAUUUCUAUUUUUGUCCUCCAUAAGGAAGAAAACUAUCCUGAGUUUACUUCAGUACUCACAUAUAUGCACCUAAAUUUUUGUUUAUUUUUAAUGGAUUUUUAAAAAAUUACAAAAUUCAACUCAGUGAUGCAUGAUGUUGAGAACUGCAUAGAAAAGAGCACUUUGAUGCUCUCUUGAUGUAGAAGAGAACUGCACUCUCUCAGAAAAACUAUCAUUUGUUUCUGAGCAAAGAGAAGGUUAGAACAGAAUUUAUUUAAGAUAUAUCAAGUACUGCUUUAUUUCAGUGCAGGCACUUUAUGAAUAAUGUUUUUCCAUCCUGUUGUUGGGAAGAGUAUUAGCAAAGCCAUGCUUUCUCUUUAGUUUUUUUUUGUCCAUGCCAAAGAGUGUAAAUGAACUGCUGUUGUAAACACAGAUUAAUGUGAAUGUAUUCACCCAUGUGCUUAAAGAUCUUUACCUCUCACAGCUAUUUUAACUUCUUGAACUGUUAUUGCACACAGUAGACAAAAAAACCUGAAUCCAUGUGAGAGUCUUAAUCCUAUUUCCAUAUACAGCUAAAGGAUUUAAUGCUUAACUUGCUAUAAAAUCCUCAUUGCUAAAAAACGGGCAUAAGUACCUGAGAAGUGCUGUGUGAAUAGAACUUUGCAUUGGUCAAAUAAUUAUGUAAUUUUGGUUUGGGAUUUUUUAAUUUAUUUUUUUUCUCACCAAAAUGAAAAGACAGCAAUGUAAUGCAUUAGCCAUGGAAGGUCAUCCUCGGUCCCCCUUGAAUCGUCCUGCUGGAGCUCUUCUACUCGGCUUGAAAUUCCUAAAUAACAAUUAUUUAGCAUGCUGGCUCUGGUGUUUAGCAAGGAGAUAAACUACUUGGAAGCAAGAGCUGCUCACUGAAAUAGCUGGAAUUUUUUGUAUGUGGUAGAAACCCAAUGUGAGAAGGUUUUGUUCCCCCUUGCCACUCAAUUGUGUUGUAAAGUGAGGGUUGAGCCAACCUGCCAGGAGGUGAAAAUGGUGAUUUGUAAGUACUGUUGUUAUCUUGGAUGAUUUCCCACACAAGUGAGUAAACUGUCCUGAGACUAAA